AUGAAUCUAAUAUUGGCAAGGCCGCCAAAAGUACAGAAACUGCAGAGGCCAUGCGUCAUGACUGGAGUAAAGCCGAGUGGCCUCACCGCUCAUCCAGGAGCUUAUAAACAGGAGCUAACAAACGUUAUUUAUCAAUGGCUCCUCAAUCAGUACCACCAUUUUUCAGCUACGGUGUGGCUGUUGGGCGUACACCAUUUGAGCUGGGACACAACCUCAACUUUUCGAUCAAUCGGCCGCUUCAUCAUAGAUUCCAAAAUGAUGUCUAGCGUUGCGUACGGCGACCACCCUGCUCGCAACACAGCUCGAGCUCGACGUGAGGCCUGCGAGACGGCAGCUGUUCCGAACGACAGCUGCCAACCCAGUACGGCACCGCAGCACAUGAUAAAGCGAGAGCCAGACAGCAGUGGCGAAAUGGGGACGUAUUCCAAGUUCUCGUACAGCACCACAGUUUCAGCACCUGGCCCACCGGGAGGACAGGAGCAGGAUGCCGCCACAGCGCUGGCACGCCUUCGAUCUCAAACGGAGCGUAGCCCCCAAGUUUAUGAAGAGCAACAGCACCGGCAGCAGAACCUGCAGCGGCAGCAACAGCUGCAAAACCUGCUCGGCGUGACGCGGAUUGGUGAGCAGCAAGCGGCAAGUUACAGACGGCCGGACAUCACCCCAGCUAUAUCCACCAGAACCUGGAUGCCGUCAUUUUCCGCCUCCUUGCCACCACCUAUCUCCGGUGACGCACAAACCCGGGCCCAAAUUUACCCUCUGCCUGGAUUCGCUGCACACACUAGCGGUGGCAGCAACUCGUCAAUGCCGUGGAGUACCAGUGCGAAGACCAUCACGACUGGGGCUGGAGGCGGCGCUUGGGCUGCGACCGUCCCGGGGAUCGUUACAACCGGGGUGGUGACCAGCAAGGGCCCCUCCAUUUGCAGCCCUGCGGUUGUCAGCGGCGUGCCCGGUAGCGGCCCGUCUAGUGUCACUGGUGCAGUCGUGGUGACUGGCUGCUGCCCCAACACGGAGCACAAGCGCAAGAGGAGUGCUUCCAUUGCACCUGACUGCCCCGAUGCCUCCCUGCCACGCGUCGCGCCGCCAUCAUCUAUCCUCACGGGGCCUUCUGUAUUGUCUUCACCGCCAACAACAAGGACAACAACAGCCGCUUCCUCUUCGUCGUCAUUCGCGGCAGCAGUGACCGCAGCUCCGAGCAGCCCCACCGUCAACCGCACCUCGGCACCGGCAUCGGCUGCUUCAUUUCCCGCCAGUCCGUCGUCUAUCGCGACGAAACAGCCGCCAGCUUCAGCCCCUCGCGUCGAAAUGACCCACUUGUCCACCGCCCUGGUCUCACAGCGCAUGCACUUGACUGGUAGCGAACAGACAAUCUACCCCGCACAUGAGACGCCCUCAUUGGAGGAUGCCUCAGCGCCCUCCACACCCCCUCGCAGUCCCGGUGAGAAGGUAGUGCCACUGGUGGUGUCGCACCAACCAACCCGGGCGGCUGGCAGCCAUCCAGUGGCAUUGACAGCCAGUUCCAGCGAUCUCGCAGUGCCUUCAUCCGCGCAGCAGCUAGUAGGGUUCCAGAUGGUGGGUAUGGAGCUGUCGAAGGGGUCCCAUACAUACAGGGGCAUUUCCAUUCCGCCGGCUGGCAACCCUGCUGCCGGCGGUGUAACCAAGGGCCAGAUCGUUCAUGUAGUCCUGCGUCUGUCACCGUUGGGCCACAGCAGCUUGCAGCAAGUGCCUCCCGGGGCACUAGCCCCAUCGCAUGCAGCACUGCAACAGCUACAGGCGGAUGCGGCGGCAUGGGUGCCGGCCGUGGACGAGCAACUGUGCGCCGAGCCCUGCCGCACAGUGGAGCAGGACCUGUACCAUGCAAGGCAGUGCCCCGAGGCGUGGUGCGGAGGCAUGGAUGUGGACGUCUAUGCACCCGAGGUGCCGCAGCAGCAGCAGCCGCAGUCGGAACACGGGCAGCAGCACCAGCAGGAGUGGCAGCUACAGCCGCAGGAACAGCAACAGAAACGGGAACAGGAGUGGCAGCUGCAGGAGGAGCGGGCGGGGGAGCGGCAGGAGCGGGAAGUGACUGCUGUCGAGCCGGCUUCGGAGCUGCUAAAUGAGCCGAGCAUGCUGCCAUCAUCUUGGUCCUCGGAAGGCCAACAGUCGUCCAGUGUAGCACACGGGUGGCUGCAGCCGAGCACUGCAUCGGAGCUCGCGCUGCCGGCACUUGACCGCUUGCUGUCCGCCGCCGCAGCGGCAGCCGCUGCCGCCACCGAUGUUGCCGAGCCGUACACGUCCUCCAACUCCCCGCCGCUGCCGUCCUUGGUGGUACCGCGGCCGGAGCCGGACGCCUAUUUCGAGCCAGAUGGUACAUUACUGAAAGGUGGCGCACUACAGGCCGCUUGCAACCUCAUCCGCCUGGCCAAGCUGCUUCGCGGGGGUUUCUCAAUCAGCCUGCCGUGGUGCGAACUGGAAGAAGCCACCGACAAGAACUCCGUCCGCGCCCCCUGUGCUGGCGCUGCUUCCGUCGGUGGUGGCAGCAGCAGCGGUAUCGGCAUGGGUGUCGGCGGCAAGCUGGGAACCGGAGCCAUUGGCCUCGUGCCUCAGCCCUUCGUAGCCGCGAGCGCAGCUUCUGGUCGCCGCUCAGUGCCGCUCGCUAACGUGCUGAAGGCUUUAGCGGACUUUGGCGGCGCAGCUCGCGCCUUGCAACGGGCUGAAGCCCGCAGCGCCAUCGCUGCCGCCGCCGCUUCAUCACCAGCACUCUCGUCAGCAGGACAGGCAGCGCUGUGUGCAGCGGAGUACAAGGCGCUGUGGCCCCUGAUGAGGCGGGGCCGCCGGUGUGCGGAGGCGGUGAUGGCACGAGUGGAGCGAGUCCUCACGGGGGGGGGAGAUGUGGUUGGGCCUGCGUCCUCGAGCCCUACGGCUUCCACCCACUCGGCGUGA